CCUGGCUCAGACAAGUGUCCAGCCGUAGAUCAACACACAUGGUGUACACUUGUGGCACAAGGAGCUGUGGAGCAGCAACUGCUCUCGGGCAGAAUCGGUGCCCAGAGCUCAGGAUGCAGGGAGGGAGGACAGAGAGAGUGAGGUCUGGCUGCAGUGAUGUCCUUGGGGAACAGGGGAUUGUGGGGACACUCCUCAGUGACUUUGUUUUUGCUUUUCAGGGUUGAAAAACUCCCUGGUGGCCCAUGACAUGGCAUUUGAGAUGACACGGGCUCCCUGGAGCCCAGAGCAGCAGAUAGAGCGGCCACGACUCACCAAGAAAGUCCUGGACACAGAGGACCAGGCUGCCUUCCGACUCCAGUCAAAGAUGCCCAGAUACAUCUACUUCGCAGCCAACAGCAAAAACAAGUGGGGCCACCAGCGUGGUUACAGGAUCCAGAUCACCAGUUUUGCAGGGGACCACAUCCCCGAAGCCAGCUCCAUGGAGAGAGCCAUCAGCUGGGCAAGGUACCAGCUGGCUGUCACCCGGCGGAAGGAGGAGGAGCCCACCAGCACCAGCAUCUACAACCAGAAUGACCCCUGGACACCCACCGUCACCUUCGCCGACUUCAUCAACAACGAGACCAUCACCAAUGAGGACCUGGUUGCCUGGAUAACCACUGGAUUCCUUCACAUCCCACACUCUGAGGAUAUUCCCAACACUGUGACUGUGGGAAACUCGGUUGGUUUUCUCCUGAGACCCUACAACUACUACGACCUGGACCCCUCUAUAUACUCCCACGAUGGUGUGUUUUUCACCAACGAGCAGGACUUCAUGGCAUGUGAAAUCAACCCUCUCGCCUGCCUGCCCAAAACUGCCUCUUGUUUGCCAAACUUUCCCCCAUUCACCUAUGAUGGUUUUCAAAACAUGAGCAGGCUUUAGUGCUGCAGGAUGGUGUGAGGAGAUGCAGUCAGAGACACCAGGUUGACUGUUCUGUCUCAGAUUUUCUUAUUUUAGUGAAGUUGUCUCAAUUUCCAGUUGUGUAAUGACUUCACAUUUUAUCAUUGCUUUUGAAAUAGUGCUCUUGAAAAAGGAAGUGUGAUCUUCCUGGCAUGGUGCCACAUGGGAGUCUAUGUUAUCUGUUAAUUGCUGAGUUUGAGUCUGUUUCAGGAGGAAAGUGAGGAGAAAACCCUUUUCCUCUGCUGUAGAAGUAAGUGCUAUGUAGUGCAUAUCUCAGGUUAAAAUAAUGAAAAUGGU